CUAGCCAACCCAUUCUCUCGUGACGUCGAGGGUAAUAGCCGCAACAUUCCUGCCUAUCGUGCCUUCACUAUUAUCUCGUGGCUCCUAUCCUUUGUCGUAGCCAUAGUUUAUAGCAUAUCUCCUCCGCGAGAUGGUCAUUGGACCUCGGGGACCAUCUUAGUAUGUAUUUGCAUCCCUUUCCCGCUUUUGGUUGUACCGGGUUGGCAAAAAAAUCUGAAACCUUUCAGGGUAUAAGCAAAGCGCAUAUCACACCUUUCACCAUUAGUCAUGUAUUCGUCGCCAUUUACUGGAUCGUCUUAUACUGCGCCCAGAUCAGUUUCGUUGCUCAGUUGUUUAGUAGGUUGACUUGGGCCUUUUUACAGCUGAUUGGUGCUGAUAGUUCCUGGCAUAAGGGAGGGAUGAGGCCGCUGUAACGGCUGCUGCUUCCGUUGGAAGCCAUUUCAUUCUGUCGGUCCAUCCCCCAAUUAUCAAUUGUCUCAGCUGCUAACAUGGAGAAAGUUUCAACCUUUUGGAAUUUGGCUGGGUUAUGCUCUGGACUCGCUCGCUAUUUUACUGGAGUGAGCUGUUCGCGGUUCUAAACUUCUUGCAGUUGGUCUUGCUGUACCUCCGCAAUCCUACGACACCAAGGUGAGUUACGACCCAUGCUACCUCAACGCUUGCUCAAUUUGACAUUCAUAUCCACAGGUUUGUACACAUUCCGGCUACAGCCAUGCCUUUGGCGUGGUCGUUCUUCCUCGUUCUUUGGAACGGAUCUGUCAUGGUUGGAUGCCAUGGUCUCCCAUGCCAUGUCCUUGCCAAUAUCGCGAUUUGGGGUAUUGCAGUCUUUGCUGGCUUCUUCCUCGUGGUAUUUAAGGAUUACCACGUGGGUUUCGCAACCGCCUUCCUCGCUGCUGGCUUGGGCGUUGGCCAAUUCUUUACUAAGGUUAUCGCUCUGCAAUGGAUCUUUGCAUUUACGAUUAUGGCAAUUGUGUUCCUCUUCACCUUGGCUGUUGCAGUGCCUGGAAUUUAUGGAAGAGAUACGGGGUUGGAGGCUCGAGGUGGGGACAGGGAGAGAGCUCCAUUGCUGCACGAGAGUAGCUGAGGCAAAGACCGGAUUGCCUGGUGAUAUGGCUGCAAGUGACCGGAGAGCAUGCGGAUGAUGAUGGAAAUGGUUUAAUGGAAGGUGAUUUCCGCUUCGGUUAGGACGUGAUGAAUU